AUGAGCAAGGAAGCCGAAAACAAGAUGAAAGAAGUAAAAAAUCUCACUCAGAGUGGCAAUUUUAGCAUAGUUGCACAUCCUAAGCCAUUUGCUCAAGAACUUCAAUUCCCAUCAUCAAGUGCAAACUAUGCAAAUUUUGAAUCGCGAGAAUUGGUUUUCAAUAACAUCAUGGUGGCAUUACAAGAUUCCAAUGUUAAAAUGAUUGGAGUAUAUGGAACAGGAGGCGUUGGUAAGACGACAAUGGUUGAAGAGAUUGGCAAACAAGUGAAAAAUGGACUUUUUGAUGAAGUCGUGGUGGCAGUUGUCUCUCAGGACGCAAAUGUGAGCAAUAUUCAAGGGCAACUCGCUGAUCGCUUGAGUCUGAAACUAAAAGGGGAAACUGAAGUGGGAAAAGCAAAUGAAUUGUGGAAUAGAUUGAACAAUGGGAAGAAAAAUCUCAUUAUAUUGGAUGAUAUGUGGCAAGAAUUGAAGUUGAAGACAGUAGGGAUUCCUAUUACUGAUGGAAACAAUUGUUGCAAAGUUGUGAUAACGUCUCGAAUCCGAUGUGUGUUGGACAAGAUGCAUGUUGAUAGAUAUGUUCCAAUGCAAGUAUUAUUAGAGAAAGAAGCACGGGCCCUAUUCAAGACGAUGGUGGGAAAUUCUGUUGACUCUCCUGAAUUCCAUGAUAUAGUUGAUGUAGUCUGUAAAGAGUGUGGAGGCUUGCCGGUCGCUAUACUUGCAGUUGGAGCCGCAUUGAAAGAUAAGAAAAAAUAUGUCUGGGAAGAUGUACUUGAUCAAUUCAAAGAUUCCAUGCUAAAGAAUAUUGUGGGAAUCGACCCAAAGGUGUAUGCUUCCUUAAAGUUAAGCUAUGAUCAGUUAGAAUCUAGUGAUGCAAAAUCAUGCUUCUUGCUAUGUUGUUUCUUUCCUGAAGAUGCUAAUAUUUCAAUUGAAGUGUUGACGAGACAUUGCAUAGCGAGAAGUUUGCUUGGACAAAACACAAAUACACAAAGAAGAGCAAGCUGUCGAGUACUUACAGUGGUCGAUAUCCUCAAAGAUGCUUGUUUGUUAUUAGCAGGCAAAGAUGAAAACUUUGUCAAAAUGCAUGAUGUCAUUCGAGAUGUUGCUCUUUCAAUUGCGAAAGAUGAUGGCAAGGAAAUUCUAGUAAAACAUGGUGACAAAAAGUGGCCCGAGAAAGAUACAUGCGAAUCUUCCUCAGCAAUGUCAUUAAUGUUCGACUACACUCUUGAGCUUCCGAAGCUUCCGGAUGAUUUGGUAUGUCCACAACUCCACACCUUGACCAUAGUAUUGGAAUGGGAUUGGCGUAGCGAUGCUUUGCUUAAUGUUUCAGAUAGGUUUUUCAGUGGAAUGGAGAAACUUACAAUUUUAGAAUUGAAUAGAAUCUGUAUGUUGCCUCCAUUAUCUCUUGCAAAUUUGGUUAACCUUCGGAUGUUACGGUUAGAUUAUUGUGAGUUGGGAGACGUAGCUAUACUCAAGGAUCUAAAUAAUAACCUUGAAAUACUUAGCCUUCAAGGUUCUAAUAUCAAUGUUUUUCCAUCAGAGAUAGAACAAUUGACUCGUCAUCGGUUGUUAGAUCUGGGAAAUUGUGAAAAGCUCACAGAGAUUCCACAGGGUGUCCUAUCCAAUUUGUCUCGCUUGGAAGAAUUAUACAUUUUUGAUGUUACAUUCCCUGCCUUGGAGAGAUUGGAUAUUGAUGGACUAACAAUCAUAAAGAGAUAUGGGAUAGGAAAUUACUUCCAUCAGAGUCUUUUCAACAAUUGA